CCACGAUCCAAAUUCCGGGCGUCAGUUCGUCACGAAAUAGACUCUGACCGCACGUUCCACUCCUACCACUUCCCUACAGUUUGUUCUGCUCCGAGCUCUUACCACUCCCAAUAAAUAAACGUGCCCCACGGCCGUGGUCUAUCUAUCAAUUAAUUGAUUUCCUUCCCCGGACAUGAGUGUAUCUUUCAUCCACAAUUUGAUCUCUCGAAAGCAGCCGUCAUCCUCUCUAUUAGUACCAUGAAAUGCAGGUUCUUUUUCUCAUAAUCCGAAAAGUACCGCCGUCCUAGUUGCAUCUGAGCGAUCUCGCAUUUCCCCGUUUCCGAGAUCUUGCCGCCAUUGCAUCCCACACUGCACUGGCAUAUCUCUUUAUAGUUGCUCGGCAGAGCUUUUUGUGGUCUUUGAUAUCGGACCCACCUCUCUUGCUACAUGAUAGAAGAGGUCAUCUCAUACCGUCGAGAUGAAUAUCCUCACACGUCGCAAUUCAAACAAGUCCAUUGAUGGAGAGGGCAAAGGGUCCGCUCUGGGGCGAACGGUAUCAGCGGAGCGGCAACAGGAUGCGGGAAAACCAUCCUUGCUCCGGCGGCUCAGCAGGACGCUUAGCAGGUCUCAGGAAAAGCCUGAUUUGAAGGAAAAUGAACAGCAUCCCACGGCACCUGCAGAGCAUCACCACGCUAGGACAGUCUCACCGAAAGUACCGGCCGACAAGGUCGUUGAACCCGUGGUGAAUACGUUGUCCCGGGUGGAGUCGCAUCACAGCAUCAAUUCACCAGCGGAGGUGUUAUAUGAGACCUCUCCUCAGCAGACCAUCUCGCACGAGCAAGUCUCGGCAACAACAGGUGAUACCAAGAGUAUAUCAGUCGCCGAUGCAAACACUACUACGACACCAACCAAGCUACACCAGCAUUCUUCGUCGGUUUCAAAACACAAGGCUAAACAUCCAACCGGCCUGACCAAAGCAGAUAUCCACCAUCUGUUCUCCGGGGCGCCGCAAUUCUUGCUCGAGAAAGGUCGGCGAGGUCGAUACUUUCCGCAAGCUUUCUUUCCCUGGAACAAUGAACUUGACAUUUCGGAUCUGCAAGACCGAAGGUUUCUCCGUCAUGAGAGCUUCGCGUUGGCCACAUUGCACGCACAUCUCCCAAUUCCGGAUGAGGUGAACUGGAGACCGGGCAUGGCAGCACCUGUCAAGAAAGUGGGCUUGGAAACAGGGAAGCGGCCUAUGUUUGAGUUGGGGAUUUUCGAGCGACCCAACAUGCUGGGCAUGGAGGGACGAGAGCCCGGCACAGUGGGAAUGAGGUAUUUUCUAGAACGGCCCGUGGCGGAUGGACUGCACGACGAGAAAAUCAAGGAGCAUGGUAAAGACGUGGAGAUUGAUCUGCCAUUAUCCAGUCUGCCGAACCUGGGAGCCUUGAAAUCGCUGGUUAUCAGCGAUAACGAGGAGGCGACUGUGAAUAUCGGCAAGCAUGCCCCGGAGCAGGAUCGGGCCAGACUGGUCCAUGGCGGACCCCACGCCUGGAAAAGCGUGGGUGUGAGAAACAUCAGUAUGAAGGAUAUAACCGAGAGACUAGAGAGCAUCUCGCAGUGGCGAGACAAGGUGGCCAACAUGGGCCUAAAUGCUACUCUUCUGGACUGGAUGCGAACGGAUGAACUGCACCACCACCUGUUCAGCGAAUUUUUGUACCCACCACACAAGGUGAACCCGGAUGCCAAACACAUCAAGAAUGGACUCAAGAUCCAGAUCGAGGCAUUGGUUAAAGUCUUGACCACGCCGGGCGCAUGGUUGGAUCUGAGCGUGCCAGAAGCCAGACUUCGGUUCGGCAAAAUCCUACACAGUCGAACGACAAAGUAUGACCAUGAGACGGGCAUGAUGUCGGUCAACCCGGAACGGAAAUGGUUGCUGAUCCAGUUGUUGUUGGCGGUCGAGUUGGUCAUUCGUCUCGACACCGCCUUGCGACUAGGCAUUGCCAUGCAUUCGGACAACUUUGAGCUCAGCAGCGACGAAAUCCACAAUUUCAACCGAUUACGCAACCUCAAGGUCGAUUGGGACCUGGUGGCGGCAUGGAGAUUUCUUAUGUUGUGCUAUGUCAAGAAGGUGGAAAAGAGGUUGCCUUCACCGUCACCCGACCGGUCGGCGUCGGAUCAAUUAAGUCGAAUCAAAUUCCCCGAGCGUCAUGGCCUGUUGGGAGGUCUCCGGCACACGUUGGGUUUGGAUGACGACAAACAACAGCCCACUCUGGAUGAAUGCGAUCUCGCCAUUCUUCCCCGUCAACCACGGGUCAUGCUGGAUGGACUGGUUCGGUUCGCGCAUAACAUAGGAUGGCCGCGAUGGCAGGAAAUUCAGGAACGACUCGAGCAGAAACUGUGUCGAGAAGACCCGGAAGAACGAGAGAAGUUUCUUCUUGACAUUAUGAGCUGUGCUGAGGCUGCCGCACACGAACAGCGUCAAGCACCUCCUGGGUCACCACAGCCCGGCAAGAUAACACCGUCGCUUGAAAAGUUCUGCGUCAAUCUUCAUUCUGCGACAGCGAAUACCAUCGGAGGCUGGUUGUCACACAGUUGGCUUUCCGGCAUGAUCCUGCCAGGCACAUCGAUCUGUGACAUCUUGAUUGCCACUUUAUUGGAGAACGACACGGAUCCCUCGACGCUGCAACAUCUGGGCUCUAGAGGUCUUCCCUUACGGAAUGCAGGCUUUGUCCUGAACGGAUCUUCAUGGUGGUCCAAAUCCAGCAUUGUCGGCCGAGUCAUGGCGCCAUUACACGGGUCCAAGGAGUGUAUGGGUUGGAUCUACCUGCCUCAUUUUGUGCCGUUGAAUGAAGCCACGUCGGGACCCGUCGAGAAUCGUUGGGUCAAAGUCAAGAGCUGGCCUGUGCCAACCACGCGUGACCGACCGCGCAUCUUUGACGGUGACAGGUUGUCUACUGAGUCGUCUCCGCUGGGGAUUGGAAAAGGGAACAUCAUGGGUUCUGAAUUCAGCAUGGUGACGGAUCGGAUGUUGGACAAUGAUACCGUGCCCGCGGUCAAAGUCAAUGCGGUCAAAUUGCAUUUGUCUAGCACCAACGCGACCGAAUCUAGUCCUGAUCACCCGCUGGCCGCGUGGGCGCAAUUCGAUUUGAGCAUUCUACAGGGAGAGAGUCAGCCGAUUCCAAAACAAAUCCGCUACGGACUCGACCGCGCCGUCUAUUUUGUCACUGCAUACCCUUGCCGUCUACCUCACGGCCACGCGACUUUUAAGCCUGGUUCGCAUCACGAUCAAGAACACCACCAGCACCGACAUGAACAGGUACAGGAACAGGAACAUGAAACUGAUCGCGAACACCAUCAUCCCCAUGCCCAUCUACUACACAAAGAUACUGUCCAUUCGCUCCAUCCCCGCCAUAAACCAGCCGAACAUUUACCCGCCCACCCACUCCACAAAACAUACAAGUUUGUCACCAAGACGCUCUGGGACUUGAUUGACAAUCCUACCGUUGAUCCUCCGGCCUCGGGAACCGCAAGUCACAGUGAAGUGUGGGUCGUGGAUGCGCGAGAAUCCGUAACUGCUCCUGAACCAAAGCACGGCUUUUUGCAUCAUCAACAUCAACAUCACCACGAGCAUCAUCAUACGUAUCCCGAGGCAGCGCAGGCGGAGGCGGUGGCGCAGCCGCAGGCCGGUAAUCAAUUAUCGGCAGCAACUCUAGCUCCAGCUCCAGCUUCAGACACGACAAAUGCUCCCGAGUUAAACGUGGCAGUCGCUUCGUCACCAGGUCCUACAAGUAUACUCAGUCCGAGCAGUCCCAGUCCAUUAUCAUCUGCUUUACAGCAUUCAUUGAGCUGGAAUACAGAUACACCAGGGGAGUCGUCGACUCAAAGUCUUGGUGAAGUUGUUGGCGGGGGACAGCAACAACAGAAGAAAGAACAUCAUCAUCUUGGCCACCAUACCGAUGACUCGUUACCAGAUCUCGAACCCCAAUUAUGGCGGAAAGAUAUCUUCGUCAGGGCGUGGUGUGCGGAAAAGGGGAGGAACGCACUGAUUGCUCGGGUGGGCAGGACUUGUCUGAGUUGUGCGAUUAGGGAGGCGAAAGCGUUGGAGAUUGGGGUUAUUGUCAGAGUUGGGGUUAAGGAGGAGUGGAAAUGAAGUGAUGGACUGGAAUGGACUGGGAGGACGGACGCCCGGUGGGUGGGUGAGAGGGCCCCUGUGCUGUGUGGGUUGUGUGGUCAGAGAAGAGAGGGACGGACACGGGAGAGGUGGUUAGAAUAUGGUAUCACUUGAAGGCCAAACGCAGGGCUGGGAUCGGGUGCAGAACAACAGAUACAGUAUGAGACCAGAUGGCAGCGUACCGGACGCACUGGCAUGCCCCAGAGUGACAAUCUACAAUCUACAAAUCGGUUCUGUUCUUGGCCACCAGUUGCAGUGUUCUGAUGAAUUAUAUAUCAAGUGAUACUGCUAAGUGUGAAUACCCAAAGUACCCCACCUACCUACCUACUACCUGGUAUGGCAUGGCAUGGCAUGGCAUGGAUUGCAAUCACUCGUCGUGAACUGAACGUUUAUUGAGUCUGCCUAAUCACGGAGAGGGUGAGACAGGACCUCACCUGAAGAGCGAGAGAUUAGGUACAAAGGGUAUGGGCAUAGAUACCGGAUCCAUUCUAUUUUAAGGAUAACACAAUCAACAGUAUGUAGCCCGGCGGCAUGCCAGGACCUCUCCAUGAUGGCGAAGCAAGGGGCAUGGUCAAUUGUCAAGAAUGGUCAUUAAUAACAUCGAUGAUCUGGACAUGAAUCCGAACAUGAAAUCUAAUAUGGAUGAGUAUAGCUUGUCCAGAUACUUUCAAG